AAACCCUGAUCCAGAGCCGUACAGCAAUCAGCCUCAUUUUCAUUCUUUUCAUAAAACACGCUCCAGCCAUUGUUGAUAGAAAGAAACCCACCAAAGACUCAAAGAAAACACCACCAUUAUCAAAGAUGUCAGCAGAAGAUUUUGAUGGCUGUGUAGUAAGAUUACGUGGUCUUCCAUGGUCUGCUACAGCUGAAGAAGUACUCAAAUUUCUAGAUGAUAUAGCUGUUGUUGGAGGAGAGAAUGGGGUUCAUUUCACAUACUCCAGAGAAGGCAGACCAAGUGGAGAAUGUUUUAUAGAACUAGUUGAUGAAUCAAAUCUACAGAAAGCUUUACAGAAAAAUAAUGAACACAUGGGAAAUAGAUAUAUUGAAGUAUUUAGAUCAAAGAAGAGUGAAAUGGAAUGGGUAAUAAAGAGAGCAGGACCAGGACAAAUGCAGGGAACACAAGAUGCUGUGGUUAGAUUACGUGGUUUACCAUUUGGUUGUUCGAAAGAAGAAAUAGCACAGUUCUUUACAGGGUUGGAGAUUGUACCUAAUGGGAUUAUGCUACCGGAGGAUCGUCAGGGGAGGAGCACGGGGGACGCCUAUGUACAGUUUGCAUCACCAGAUUUAUGUGAAAAAGCAUUGUUGAAACACAAAGAAAGGAUUGGGCACAGGUACAUUGAAAUAUUCAAAAGCAGUUUGAAUGAAGCCUAUGGCCAGGUAAAUCCCUCACGGUCCAUGAUACGACCAUUGAUGUCUGGCAGUGGUUUGGGAGGCGGAGGAGGUGGAGGUAUGAAUAGACCCUCACCUUAUGACAGAGCUGGACGAUUUGGUAUGGGAUCAGGCAUGGGUAUGGGCGGAGGAGGAGGCGGUAUGGGAUAUGGAAUGGGAGGACGAGGAGGGCGCAAUGUUAAAGGAUUUUUUGAAGAAGAUUUUGAUGACUUUGGAAGUGGUUAUGGUAGUGGAAUGGGAGGAUUCAGUUCCCGAGGACGACGAGGAGGAAUGGGCAGUAUGGGUGGCUCCAUGAGACCAUCCAGGGGUGGGGGACUAGGAUUAGGAUCCCUGGGAGCUAUGAGACAAAGAGGUGCUACACCUGGUAGUCACUAUGUCAGUAAGACUGGUCAUUCAGUACAUAUGAGAGGAUUACCUUUCCAGGCAUUAGAUACAGAUAUAGCCGAGUUCUUUUCCCCCUUGGGUAUUAAGCCAGUUAGUGUAGAGGUUGAAUAUUCCAAUGGACGACCUACAGGUGAAGCAAAUGUAGACUUUGCUGGCCAUCAAGAAGCUGUAGAAGCCAUGAAAAAUCAUAAAAAAAACAUGCAACAUAGAUAUAUAGAAUUAUUUCUGAAUUCCACGCAAACAGGGAAAACAAACUAUGGAAGUGGUGGAGGUUUUGGUGGAUCAAGUUCAUCCAGUGGUGGAUUUGGUGAUGGGGGUUUCAAUAAUGGAGGUGGAUUUGGAGAUGGCUAUGAUGGUGGCUACGGAGAUACCAUGAGUGGUGGCGGUGGAGGUGGUAUGAUGGGUGGUGGGAGUGGCAGCAUGGGUGGGGGUGGUAUGGGAUCAGGGAUGGGCGGUGGCUAUGGAGGUGGCUCAAUGGGAGGAGGUAUGGGGGGUAUGGGAAAUCCAAACUAUACAGCAUUCUAAACAGACAUCCAUGACCAUCAUCUCAUUGUGCACCAUGAUCAUAACAGAAUACAUCGUCGUCUCAACUGCCAUAAAUAACAUUGAUCAUUAUAUUUAUUGUAACAUCAGAUUACAUUUUGUAUCUUUAUUGUGAUCUACCAUGAAAACAUGUACGAAAUAUUUUGUUCAUAAAAAAUGGUAUUAAAAGUCGUCAAAGUAAAAUUUGCUCAUCUGCGUCUGAUUACUGUCCCAUCUUAUAGAAUAUUUGUGUGAACAAUGAUCUGAAAGUGUUGUUAAUUAUGUGAACUUUAGUUUAUGAAUUAUAUUUAGUUGAAGACUUAUUUUGUCAUUUAUCAUUUAACCAUCAUGUCAUCAUUAAAUCUUUUAUAUAAAACAUUAUUGUUUCUUUUAUGUGAUAUGCCUAUUUGUUUUAUAUUAAAUGCUACUCAAAACAA